AUGGCAAAACAAUACAAGAAUGUUGGGGACGAAAUCUGGAAGACCAAGGUCGAGAAAAUUAACGCGGAACUUUUUACAUUAACAUACGGCUCCAUUGUUGCUCAAUUGGUCAAAGAUUAUGAGGAUUUCACAGAGGUUAACAAACAAUUGGAGAAGAUGGGAUAUAACAUCGGAACGCGUUUGAUUGAGGAUUUUCUUGCACGAUCUGGUGUAGGCAGAUGUCAGGACUUCCGUGAGACGGCCGAGAUGAUUUCCAAAAUCGGGUUCAAAAUGUUUUUGAAUAUCACACCAGCCGUGACUAAUAUUUCUACAGAUGGAAAAGAGUUUUCAUUGGUAUUGGAGGAUAAUCCCUUGGCAGAGUGUGUCGAGCUGCCUGAUCAGGCGCUCAUGGAUGAAUUUUGGUACUCAAAUAUUCUCUGUGGUGUCUUGCGCGGAGCUUUAGAAAUGGUUCAAAUGCAAGUGGAUGCCUUCUUUGUGACAGAUACGCUUCGUGGAGACGAUGUAACAGAAAUCCGAGUAAAGCUUAUUCGUUACCUCGAGGAGGAAGUCCCCGCAGGCGAGGAUUAA